AUGCACCUGGCCCAAUCCAUCCAUUCCCGCCCCCCGACGAUGGGGGAAAUGGUGCACAACGACGAGGAAAUAUGUUUCCUCAUCGUUGGCACCUUUUCCCUGUCGAAAUCGGGGGCGGGAGUGCCCCAAACGACAGGAAACAGUGCUCGGGCACUGUUUCCUGCAUUGUUUGGGUAUGUUGACACCACCCGCCCACAGCCGCGAGCCCUGGCACCCGCGGCAAAGCCAUCCGCCGUCCCUCAGCAGGUGGACUGUAUAACUACAGUCCUGACCUAUGAGGAUACCCUUCUAGAGUACUACAACAAGUUGACCAGUGCAGUAAAUUCUGCUGUGGUGGUGAAGUGGACGAAGGAGAUUGAAGAUGCUGAGGUUAAGCGCUUGAAGCAGCCAGAAGCAAUGGACAUCAUGAACACUAGAAUUCCAAAGUCUCCCACUCUGGCCAAAGCAGGAAAGACCUUUGCGCAAAUAGAAGGGCUUGGAUUUAGUGGAGAAACAUCUUGGUUAAUUUCUGGGUUACGUCUAGAAGAACUUCAGGUUGAAGUUUCAGCAGUGGCCUGUCAAGUUGCCAAACAACCUAAUCUGAAGAAUCUCACCGUUCUUGUGUCCAAGCGGGAAAAACUGAUGCAGCAGAUUACCAAAUUCAAUGAAGAGGCUCUCAAAUACAUGGGAGAGGAUGCAUUUGAUUCACUUAUCGGAGUGCUCGAGUGGAUCGACAAGGACUUCACAGAUUCGGAUGGCUCUGAUGAUGAAAUCGACUCAGACCCUUGUGCUGGCCGAGGACAGUACUGCCCAGAGGAUGCCUGUUUGCCCUUCCCAUCCAGGGUAGAAGAUGCUCUAAGGCUGAAACUUGGCCUCACUCGACUGGCGACAAAGGAAUUGGAUCUGCGGAAAGCAUUUGCUAAUGAUUGCUUGCAGAACAUUCAACUUGCGGUUGGAGACAAGUCCUUCCAUUACAAAAAUCACCUGUGGCUGGAGAAGACUAAGAAGAAAUGCACAUGA